CUUAUCUCGGUGCGCAUCGUCAGCAUCAGUUUGAAGUCAAAUCUGACAGCCGCUGCCUUGCCCGGUCCUUUUUCCGUCUCUCUCACUCUCUGGUGGUCAUCCCGUCUCGUUUAAGAGUUCAGUCGGGACUGUGGGAGCGCGUCUGAUCGCUGUCUUCAACUUGGGGUGAAGAAAGACAGGGGAAACUCCUCGGGAUUCUCCGUACAUUGAGCUCUGAUCCGGAUAUUCUGUUUGACGUGUUGAAGUGAUUCUUAAGGAGAAUUCUGGGGAGAUUUCUUACUCUUUCAUUCCUCAAGGAUGAAGCAGCACAGUGGACCUGUGUACUGAACCAGCUCCCACUUUUCAACUUCAUGUUCCAGGAUGAACCAUGAACAAAGGUUGUGAGGGCCUGUUUCUAUCGUCCUGUUGUACAGUGAGGCAGUGAGCUCACGGCGGAUACAGCAUGCAUGUGUCGACAUAUCCCAUGAUGCACUCUGCCAGUCCAGGCCUGCUCCUCCUCAGCUUCCUCUUCCUCGCUGACGCUGACUCACCCCCCAGAUUCACACGAACCCCAGAAGAUCAAACAGGAGUCCAGGGCGGAGUGGCUUCCUUUGUGUGCCAGGCCACGGGGGAUCCUCAGCCCAAGAUUGUCUGGAACAAAAAAGGCAAAAAAGUCAGCAACCAGAGAUUUGAGGUAAUAGAGUUUGACGACGGGUCUGGCUCGGUCCUGAGGAUCCAGCCACUGAGGACCCCCAGAGACGAGGCCAUUUACGAAUGUCACGCCUCCAACUCCGCAGGAGAGAUCACUGCCUCCACCAGACUAAGUGUGCUACGAGAGGACCAGCUGCCCUCGGGGUUCCCCACCAUAGACAUGGGUCCCCAGCUGAAAGUGGUGGAGCGUUCUCGGACCGCCACCAUGCUCUGUGCUGCUAGCGGCAACCCUGACCCAGAAAUUACCUGGUUCAAGGAUUUCCUGCCGGUCAACACGUCCAAUAACAAUGGACGAAUCAAGCAACUCCGCUCAGGUGCCCUCCAGAUAGAGAUGAGUGAGGAGUCAGACCAGGGGAAGUAUGAGUGUGUUGCCACCAACAGCGAUGGGACACGCUAUUCCACCCCAGCUAACCUCUAUGUCAGAGAGCUGCGAGAAGUGCGUCGUGUCCCCCCUCGCUUCUCCAUCCCCCCAGCGGACAGCGAGAUCAUGCCAGGGGGGAACGUCAACAUCACCUGUGUAGCAGUGGGCUCGCCCAUGCCCUACGUGAAGUGGAUGCUGGGAGCAGAGGACCUGACGCCCGAGGAUGACAUGCCCAUCGGCCGCAACGUCCUGGAACUGACGGACGUACGACAGUCCAACAAUUACACGUGCGUCGCCAUGUCGACGUUAGGCGUGAUUGAGGCGGUGGCACAGAUUAUUGUGAAAGCUCUGCCAAAGGCUCCUGGCACCCCUGUGGUGACGGAGAGAACUGCAACAAGCAUCACACUCACCUGGGACUCUGGCAACCCUGAACCCGUCUCCUACUAUAUCAUACAGCACCGUGCCAAAGGCUCAGAGGACCCAUAUAAAGAGAUUGAUGGCAUUGCCACGACCCGCUACAGCGUGGGUGGCCUCAGCCCUUACUCCCACUACGACUUUCGGGUGGCAGCAGUUAACACCAUUGGCCAGGGCCCAUCCAGCGAGGUGGUGGAGGCUCGCACAGCCGAGCAGGCCCCCUCCUCGCCUCCACGACAGGUCAGAGGUCGUAUGCUGAGCACAACAACAGCAAUCAUCCACUGGGAUGAACCAGAGGAACCUAACGGACAGGUGGUCGGUUACAGAGUGUACUACACCUUAGACAACACGCUGCCAGUCAACCAGUGGGAGAAGCAGAUGGUGCGCAGCGCCAACUUCAUCACCAUCCAGGGUCUGACUCCUAACAAGACUUAUUACAUCAGAGUGCUGGCCUUCACCUCUGUCGGAGACGGGCCCCUGUCCCAGGACCUGCAGAUUAUAGCCAAAACUGGAGUACCAUCCCAACCAUCAGAAUUUAAGGGUGAGGCCAAGUCUGAGACCAGUAUCCUGUUGUCCUGGGUGGCCCCACCCCAGGGUGGCCCAGACAACCAGAUCACAGGAUAUGAACUGGUCUACCGACGAGUUGACGACACAGAGGAGAAGAAAAUGAGCUUUGAGCCAACCACCUCCUACCUGCUGAAGAACUUGAAGCCUUUCUCCACCUACACCUUCCAGCUGGCUGCAAGGAGCAAACAUGGAAUCGGAGCGUAUACCAAUGAAGUGUCCAUCGACACGCCACAGACGCUUCCUUCAGCACCUCCCCAGGACAUCACAUGCACCAGUCCCAGUUCUACCAGCAUCCUGGUAAGUUGGGGUCCGCCUCCUCUGGAGUUUCAGAAUGGCAUCAUUACGGGAUACUCCAUCCAGUACUCCACCACAGAGGGCAACAAAACGUCUAAAAGAAUUGAUGGAAUUCCUCCGGAAAGUUCUCCCUAUCUCCUGGAAAACCUGGAGAAAUGGACUGAGUAUGGCAUAACGGUACGAGCGCAGACGGAAGCUGGGGAUGGACCAGAAAGUUUACAGCUGCUUAUCCGCACCGAGGAGGACGUUCCAAGUGGUCCUCCGCGAGGGGUGGAGGCAGAGACUGUGAACGCCUCGGCCAUUAGGGUGAAAUGGCGAGCACCAGCGCCCGAACGGCAGCACGGUCAGAUCAGAGGCUACCAAGUCCACUAUGUGAGGAUGAACUACGGCGAGCCUCAGGGUCAGCCCUUCAUCAAGGACAUCCUCAUAGAGGACUCGCAGUGGGAAUAUGAUGACUCAACUGAAUAUGAGGUCAUUCUUGGGGACCUGAAGGCAGACACUUCCUACUCUGUAUCAGUGGGGGCUUACACUGCCAAAGGCGAUGGUGCUCGCAGUAAACCUGUUGCAGUCUGCACUGCCCUGCCACUGCCUGAGAAGCCCAAACUGAUGGUGAGUGCCACUGAUUCAGGUACUGCCGUGCUUCAGUGGUAUCCAGCGCCAAACCCACCCACCCCGCUCCUUGGGUACCGCCUCACUUUUGGCCGCAUCGACGUCCUUCCCUUUACGGUGGUGGAGUUCCCAAGCAAGGAGAACCGCUACACCGCCCAGGACAUCCACAAGGGAGCUAACUAUGUGUUCAGACUCUCUGCCCGGAACAAAAUGGGCUACGGAGAGGAGGCGGUAAAGGAGGUGACUACUUCAGAGGAUGCCCCCAGUGGAUAUCCAGAAAAUAUCAUCUCUGAGGAGGCUUCUGCCACCUCCCUCCGGCUGGCCUGGAAAUCAGUCCCUCUUAUUGAGCAAAAUGGAAAAAUUGCAAAGUACUCAGUGCUGUACAAGGAUAUAAACAGUCGAGGGAACGCCUCAGAAGUUAUGGUGCCCGCUCCAGGGUCAAGUGUGUUGUUGGAGGGUCUGAGUGCCGAUACUGUGUAUGAUGUCAGGGUGUGCGCGUUCACAGCUGUCGGCCCUGGGCCGUACAGCCCCAGUGUCCAGUUUAGGACGCAGCGGCUGGACGAAGUUUUUGCCACCAACUUCAGAGUAAAAGCAGCCAUGAAGAACUCGGUUCUGCUGUCCUGGGAGAUCCGAGACAAGAACCCUGCCCAACCCUUCACAAUCCUAUAUGGAAAAGGCCAGUCUGUUGAAGUGGACGGCAAGCAAACUCAGAAGCUGAUCACUGGCUUGGAGCCGGACACUCAGUACUCCUUUCUGCUCACCAACCGAGCCAACAGCGCCGGGGGCCUGCAGCACCGCGUCACUGCCACCACGGCCCCAGACAUCCUGAAGACCAAACCUACCGUGGUGGGAAAAACCAACGCAGACGGCAUGGUGACUGUGCAGCUACCAACUGUGCAGACCACAGCUAAAGUCAGGGGUUACUACGUGGUGGUGGUGCCACUGAAGAAGCAGAGAGGAAAGUUCCUGAAUCCCUGGGAGGAGCCUGAUCAGAUGAACCUGGAUGAGCUUCUGAAAGAGAUCAACAGGACGAGUGUCAGUCGUGCCCUUCGCAUCCGCAGACAGGCUGGCCAAUCAGAUCCCAGGGCCUAUGUCACUGCUCACUUUAAGACCCUCCCCCUGGAGUUCACACUAGGCGACGGACGAAACUAUGGUGACUUCCGCAACCGUCCACUGCAGAACGGACAGGAGUAUGUGUUCUUUGUGCUCGCGCUGCUAGACCUCUCAGAGAAUACCAUGUAUGCCACUAGCCCUUACUCUGACCCUGUGACCUCAUUGGAUGUGGAUCCCAAGCCAAUGGUUGACGAAGAGGAGGGGCUGUUGUGGGUAGUGGGGCCUGUGCUGGCUGUCAUCUUCAUCGUUUGCAUCGUCAUCGCCAUUCUCCUCUUCAAGAGCAAACCUGACAGAAAAAGAGCUGAGGCUGAAGGAAGGAAGGGCAGUUUUCCUUGCAGCAAAGCCAUGUCAUCUCACCAUCCCACUGAUCCUGUGGAGCUACGCAGAAUUAACUUCCAGACUCCAGGCAUGGCAAGUCACCCGCCUGUCCCCAUCUCUGAGCUGGCAGAUCACAUUGAGCGCCUCAAGGCAAACGACAAUCUCAAGUUCUCUCAAGAGUACGAGUCCGUCGACCCCGGUCAGCAGUUCACGUGGGAGAACUCCAACUUGGAGGUCAACAAACCAAAGAACCGCUAUGCUAACGUCAUUGCCUAUGAUCACUCCAGGGUUAUACUCUCCAGCAUUGAGGGUGUCCCAGGCAGUGACUACAUCAACGCUAACUAUAUUGAUGGCUACCGCCGUCAGAAUGCCUAUAUCGCCACUCAGGGCUCCCUCCCUGAGACCUUCGGUGACUUCUGGAGGAUGGUGUGGGAGCAGCACACAGCCAAUAUUAUCAUGAUGACCAAACUGGAGGAGAAGUCACGGGUGAAGUGCGAUCAAUACUGGCCGACCCGGGGCACAGAGACCUAUGGCCUCAUCCAGGUCACUCUACUGGACACAGUGGAGCUGGCUACCUACUCUGUCAGGACCUUCGCUCUUUACAAGAGCGGCUCCAAUGAGAAGCGUGAGGUUCGUCACUUCCAGUUCACAGCCUGGCCGGACCAUGGGGUACCUGAACACCCCACCCCCUUCCUGGCCUUCCUUCGGAGAGUCAAGGCCUGCAACCCUCCAGAUGCAGGACCCAUGGUCGUCCAUUGCAGCGCUGGAGUGGGUCGCACGGGCUGCUUCAUCGUUAUCGACGCCAUGACGGAGCGAAUCAAGCAUGAGAAGACCAUCGAUAUCUACGGUCAUGUCACGCUGAUGCGCUCCCAGAGGAACUACAUGGUCCAGACGGAGGACCAGUACAUCUUCAUUCAUGAUGCGCUGCUGGAGGCUGUGACCUGCGGGAACACCGAGGUCCCCGCCAGGAACCUGUACUCCUACAUCCAGAGGCUGACGCAGAUUGAACCGGGAGAGAAUGUCACCGGCAUGGAGCUGGAGUUCAAGCGUCUGGCCAGUGCCAAGGCCCACACAUCACGGUUUGUGAGUGCCAAUCUGCCAUGCAACAAGUUCAAGAACCGGCUGGUGAAUAUCAUGCCCUAUGAAACCACACGUGUGUGUCUGCAGCCAAUCAGAGGAGUGGAGGGAUCUGACUAUAUCAACGCCAGCUUCAUCGACGGCUACAGGCAGCAGAAGGCCUAUAUAGCAACCCAAGGCCCAUUGGCUGAAACCACAGAGGACUACUGGAGGAUGCUGUGGGAACACAACUCCACUAUAGUUGUUAUGCUAACCAAACUGAGAGAAAUGGGACGGGAGAAGUGUCACCAGUACUGGCCUGCAGAGCGCUCAGCCAGGUACCAGUACUUCGUGGUGGAUCCCAUGGCUGAGUACAACAUGCCCCAGUACAUCCUCCGAGAGUUCAAAGUCACUGAUGCCAGGGAUGGCCAAUCACGGACAGUUCGUCAGUUCCAGUUCACUGAUUGGCCGGAGCAAGGAGUGCCAAAGUCAGGGGAGGGAUUCAUCGAUUUUAUUGGCCAGGUGCACAAAACGAAAGAACAGUUUGGCCAGGACGGGCCAAUUACUGUGCACUGCAGUGCUGGAGUAGGGAGGACUGGUGUGUUCAUCACCCUCAGCAUUGUGCUGGAGAGGAUGAGGUACGAGGGUGUGGUGGACAUAUUCCAGACGGUCAAGAUGCUGCGCACCCAGAGACCUGCCACAGUUCAGACAGAGGACCAGUACCAGUUCUGCUACCGGGCCAGUCUGGAGUAUCUGGGAAGCUUUGAUCACUAUGCAACAUAAACCCAGUGGCUGUCUCUCAUGCCACAUCCCACCUAGUGCACUUUUCUUAGGUCACAUGCAGCCUGAAUAAAUGCAUUAGGCUGCGAUGUUUCUUUGAAGAUUUCGCCACCACAUGCAGAGUGAAGGGGGACCAUCGGCUUAUCCCGUAUCCAGAAACAGCACCUCUAACUGAGCCAUAGCAACCUGCUUAACAAGGGUGUUUUCUUUCCACCCUCAGCCCAAACACACCCAUUGGUCAGUCUGAAGAAGCAACUUCAACCACUGUUCCAAUCAGAAUACUUGAUCAGAUCUAGAUUUUUAUUCGUUUCAGUGCUUUUGUGAGCACCCAGAUUGCUUUACAUUGUUUGGGUGUGGAACUCUCACCUCAUCCACCACCAGUGUAGCAUCACCGACCUAAAAACAGGACCAGGCUACAGUAUUUAGCUGUCACAGGAUAUUUUGAUUUUUCUAUCUUGAGGAGACUACAAAUCCAUCUUAUGGAAGCCUCGUGGACUGAAAGAACUGGGACUUUUGAGCACCAGAGAAUUGCCAACAGGAGACUGAAAACACAGAGCACACAGUAUUAAAAAGACAAAGAACACACGUCCCAAAAAAAAAAAGACACCAGGAAGUGUUUUUUUUUUUUUUCUGUUUUGUUUUGGAAACAGACUCUCAUUUCUUGUGAAUGAAAAAGUUUGUAUUUCUACCAUAUAGUAAUAAAAACCACCAGUUCAACCUUAUGCUUCACAAUUAAAGAUACGGGAAAUUUGAGAGAAGUUUAAAAUGCAUACCACAAAGUAAAACAUUAAUUUAGUUUUUUAGAAAAAUAUAAAUAUGUGAUUAUCUUGUUUUUUAAAAAACUGGGUAUUCCUUAUGGCACGUUCUGUUUUUUUUUUUGUUUUUUUUUUUACAGAUAUAUGACUUUGUCCCCGCUGACCAUAAAAAGGCAAAGUUGUUGUUUUUUUUUUCUUUUUCUGUGUAAUCCAAUGAGCUGUAGCGAUUUUUUAAAAAGUGAUACGGUACUGUUUUAAAGUGUACAAUCAAAUCUAGUGUGGAAAAUGUUCACAGUUCUAUGAAAAACGCCACCGUUGAGUGUCACUCUCCUGUAUUCUCUACCCACUCUCUCUUUAUGAAAACACGUUCGCAUGCACACAGGACUCUCGGCCUCAUCUCUAUCUGGCCUGCGAUGUCAGAGACCUGGGGGUGGCCUUUUUUUUUUUUUUUUUUUUUUGAACUCCCAGGGGCCCAUAGAGCUGCAGUAUUAACCCUGCUGCUACCUGUCCUGAACAAAAUCCUGGGAAUAAUCCCGCCAAGUGUGCACGUUGAGAGAAAGCCAGAUAGAACACAACAGAGAGUAUGCACAGAAAGCAAAAUAUGAAAAAACAAAAACAAGUAUUUAUGUGUCCAAAUAAGCUUCACAAAGAUUUUUCAAGCAGGGAGCAAGAAAGGGAUGUAGAAAAAGGGGUGGGAUGGGGGGGUCAGGUAAGGAACAAUAUCUCACUGGAAUGCUCACCUAUGACUUUUCUCUGUCUGAUUCAGUGUGCAAUAAGUAGAUGUAUUAUAUAUUUUUGUGUCAAGUCACUAACUGCAGUUAUAUGCCAUUAUGAUGAUACUGAUGACGGUGCAUCAUUUUCCAGACACAAGGAUGUUACGCUCGAUAUGGUUCCCACCACCGUUUAAUGUGUCCAUACUGAGGACAGAUGACCUCUGGCCUCUUAGAAUCUAGAUCUUUUAUCCAUGUCACUACUCCAGUAGACGAUGUCAUCCUUCUGUGUGUGUCAAGGCAAACAAUGAAUGAUCGAACUCAUAUUUCAAACAGCAUCUAAUAAGUAUUUUUGAUUUUAGAUUUCUAGUGCCUUAUAUUACACGCCUAUUUUGAUAAAGUUACUUUAAAGGGUUUUUUGUGUAUUUUAUGUGUGUAUGCCUGUGCGUAUGUGAACUGAAUGUCUGUGUAUAUGAUUUUGUUACGUUACAGUAUGUGAAAGUAUCUUGUGUGUUCUGUUUUUCAGCUGUGAAAUUUUGUAUGGAAGGCUCUGUGUAGGCUGGAUAGUUGUACUCAUCACUUUCAACCCAGCAACUGCAUCAUCAUGUCUCUUUUGAUUAAAAAAAAUAAUCUCUUAAAUGAGACUCAACUACAGACAAAAAAAUGUGGUUUCAAAAUAGGUUAUUAGCAGGAGGGUCUGAUCAUUUUUGGACAGAAAAAAAGUCUAUGUCGACAGCUUUCCAUCUUUUUUUCCUGGGACACUUGCACAAGCUUUAUGUAUAUACAGUAUAUAUACUCUUUCAUGGAGACUUCAGUUUGCCUACCAUGAAAUUGUGGCCACACUAGCGACUUUGGCUCAGACUGUGAGCUGGCUCAGACAAGUCAUACUUACUCAGCUAUGUAGACAUCUAUAUAAAGCUGAACAGCAGUGGCUUUCUUUGUCAGUUUGAAGAAAAAGCAAAAUAACAAACCAUACGGAUACAAUCAUGUAUCCCACCUAACACCUUUCACCCAAAAUCAGUCAAACUGGUCGACUGUGUUCUUCAUUCUGAUGUCUACAGUUAUAUAUAUAUAUAUAUAUAUAUAUAUAUAUAUUAUUUUUUUUUAUUUUUUUUUAUGACAGAGGCUGAGAGAAGUUCAGGUGCUACAUUUCCAACAACACACAACCCACAUCACAUUUUUUUGUAUCUCCAUUUAUGCUUAACCAUAUAUGGGAUCGUUGACAGUUUUCCACCAUCUUACAGUAAAACCCCUGUUGUCGUUUUUGUAUGCAUGGUACCACUUUUGAGAUGCCCCUUUGGUCGCACCUGUCAUGGGAAGACUUGCACUUUCUCUCUUUGUACUAUGCACUAAUACUAGUAUCCUAUUAUCUCUGAUAGCCCCCCCCCCCCCCCCCCCCAAAGGAGUUUUACUUGAACUCAGUAACGACAGACCCUGUAAUGCUCACAUGGUUGUGUAUAUGUAAAUAACACAAAACACAGAGAGUAAUUGAAAUGCAUAAAUAUGAAUAAAUAAAUAAAUGAUUAUGGUAAAGAGUGAAUAAAAAUUCUACAGAUAUAGAGAGUGAUAUAAUAAAAGGGUGCACCUGAAAUCACAGUUUUAUGGCACAGCAGUAUGUGCAAUACAUCACAUUGUGGAUUUGUCGAGGAAUUUUCACAAAAAAGUGUUCUAUUUUACCCCCAAUGUAUCAUGUAGAUGGAUAAAACUGGAGUUUAUAAAUUGUAUAAAAACGAAAAUAUGGUGUGUUACUUGGAUCAGUUACCUCCAAUUGGUCUGUAAAUGUAAACUUCUUUUUUGUUUUGUUUUCUGCUCCGGGUCAACAAGUGCUUUUUAUUUUCUUACAUUGGUUCUCGGAGCGUGUGAAAACCAGAAAACAGGUCUGUAUGGAUUUCUGUUCUUUGUCGACACAAGUUUCAUUUGUUACAAAUAAACUCAAGUGAAAUGAGA